AUGGCCACUUCCGCUCCCUCCCCGCCGCCGCCGGCGGAAGAGGUCCCCGCCGGCUGCGACCGGCGGCAGCCCCACCAGCACCACCCGCUCCUCGCCGCGGCGGCCGCGGCAUCUCUCCUCGCCGUGCUGUACCUCCCCCGGCCGCUGCUGCUGUUCGUGCUCUCCCCGGCCUCGCUCUCCUCCCUGCUCCUCCUCCUCUCCAUCCUCCGCCUCGGCUCCGCGCCACCGCCGCCGGCGGCGGACCACGCUCCUGUCGGCCCUCCUCCUUCGUCGUCGCCGCCGCCGCCGGAGGAGGAGGAGGAGGAGGAGGAGCACCAGCAGCAGCUUCACGAGGCCGCGCACCCGCUGCUUCCGCCGCCGGUGGCGGUGGAGCGGGAGGUCGUGUUCCCGGCGGAGGCCCUCGAGUUCGCGUCGUGGGCGGCCAAGGGGCGCGCCCUGGAGGUGAUCCACGAGGAGUUCGAGGCGGAGUGGGGGCGGCCCGAGGAGAUGGGCCUGUCCUGGGCCUCCGACUCCGACCUCGACGACUCCGACUCAGACUCGGACAGCGGCGGCAGCGACGACGACGGCGUCGGCGGCGGGGGCGAGGGGGAGGACGGGAUGAUCGAGAUAUUGCUGGAGGAGGACAGCCUCAUCGAGAUCGACAUCUCCAGGUGCCAGUGACGGGAUCGACUGCCCGGACGCGACACACGUCUCGCUCCUCCCAUUUUACUCGGGGAAUUAAACUCUUCUUGGUUCUUCGUUUCGCGGGCCUUUUAACAAAACUUUUGCUGACCAGGCGUGUGGGAUUUGGUGGAGUUCUUCGAGUGCGUUUAUCUAGAUGGCUUGCCGCAAUGUACAUAUAGGAUGGUGAGGAGAUACUGAGUGAGAAGCGUUGCUGCUUUCCCUUUUUCUCAAACGGAUUGCUUUGCUUAUUUGAGAUAAUGGUGAUAA